AUGCUUUCAAACCAGGAUAAUGAACCAUUCAUUGCAAAGAAUGAUGCUUUAGGAUAUGUUCAUGGAGAAAAAUUAUACAAACAAAUUGAAUCUCAUUUUGAAGCUUAUCUUAUCAAACUUCAUCAAGUAGCUCAAUGUCUUGUUGAUGAAGAGAAUCGUAUUAAAUCCUAUCUACAUCCAUCAACCUUGGAACCAAUCCUAAAAAUUCUUGAUAAUGUACUCAUUCGCGAUAAUCUUGAUCGUAUACUUGAUGAAGCUGAGUUUCUUUUCAAUAACAGUAGAAAUCAAGGUGAGCAUGUAUCCAUUAUUCAUUCUCCUAUCAUUGCUUUACGUAUCCGAUUCUGUGCAUUGAUGCCCAAACAGAUCAAUGUUGCUAGAAGUGAAUUAUAA